CCUGAGCCGCUCCAAAGAAUCAAACAAUUCGAGUCGCAGCCACUUCGUCGUUAGCUCAUUCUCUUCAACUCUCACUAUUCAAAAAAACAAAAAUUAAAAUUAAAAUGGGGAAAUCGGAAGUGAAAGGUACGGUGACGUCGCUAUCUUCAAUGUUCCCGGCGGAGGAGGUUCAGAAGGCGGCGAAGAUGGUGGAGGAGAAGUUAUCGGAGAAUCAGAACGAAAUGAAUCAAUUAAAAGAAUUCAUCGCCGAUAACACUUCCCUCAUCAACCUCGUUCAAAAACUCCCUGACGAACUCCACCACGAUAUCAUGGUUCCGUUUGGGAAAGCGGCGUUUUUUCCUGGUCGUUUGAUUCAUACGAAUGAGUUUUUGGUUUUACUGGGAGAAAGUUAUUAUACUGAAAGAACAGCUAAACAAACUGUUGAAAUCCUAAAGAGGAGAGGGAAAUCAUUGGAGUCUAAAGUGGACGCAUUGAAGGCCGUAAUGCAGGAUCUUAAAGCCGAGGCUUCUUUUUUUGAUUCCACUGCUUCUGAAGCUGCUGAGGGUCUUGUGGAGAUUAGAGAGUAUGAGGAGGAUAAUUCUACCGAACGGGCAUCUCAAUCAGGUUCACUGGAACUUGAAACUCCUAGUGUGGCUGAAGCAGACAAUAAAAUGGGUGCAUCUGAGGAUGAUGAAUAUGCUCGUAUAAUGUCAAGGUUGGAAGAACUUGAGAAAGAAGAACUUGCAGCUGAAGAUAAUGAGGAGAAUCUUGAAGAUGAAGAUGAAGAUGCUAAUGCAGUUGAAAGUGACGGCAAUGAAGAUGAAUUGACUAAAGCUGCUGAAGUUGAUGGUGAUGAAGAUGAGUUGACUAAAGCUGCUUUUCAUAUAAAAAAGGAUGAAUGUUACAGUUAUCUUGAUCAUGGUCAAAGAUAUUCAGAGUCUCAGUCAAGGAAACAAUUACAGCAGUUCAACGGCAAAGAACCAAUUGAAGAGAUGUCCAAUAAAUAUAUGCAUCAAGAUUUAACUAAUCAGUUCGCUUCUACUGGAUUGACAGAGGAACCUGUUACCAAAGGUGAAAUUUCACAUGGUCGAAUCAUACAACAAGACACAAAGACUUUUAGUCCUUCCAUAAAUGCCUCUGCUCCUUUCGAGAAGAAAUCUGUCCAGACCUCAAAAUCAGAAUUUGAUAGUUCCAAGGCUUUUACAGGUUCUAUAGUUGAGCAUACUCAGAAUUUGGAUAAAAGUUCAGUGGGAACAAAUACGACUUCAUUACAGUCAUCUGGUUCGCAACCUUCGAAGCCUGUGUCUAGAUUCAAAAUGCAAAGGAAGUAGGUUGAGCAUUGUAUGACAAAAAUAGAUGUAAAAAAUGGGGCAUUUCAGUAUGGUAUAAUCUGAUCAAACCAUAACUAAUUGCUGAUCCUAAUUGUGGGGUUGAAGUUUUGUUCGAAUGGAUUUUAGGGAGAGUUGUCAUUACUGUUUGAGUAGCAGGUAAUGCAAAGCCUUUCCCUUUUUUCCAACUCCUUUUCAUGGUUUGUGCAAUUAUAGCUAAGGCUGUGGUAAGCACAUGUAGUAGUGAUUGUUACAAAUUGGCAUACCAUAUUCUCCACUCUUCACUUAUUAAUAAUUUUGCUAAUUCUACAGAAUUCAUACACAUAA